AUGGCUCUCCUCAGAAGUCUGGCGCUCCUCCCGGCUUUGCUCCUGUCCUUCGAACAGGUCGUAGCAAAGCCUAUCCCACUCAUUACAAGACAGGCAAUCGAGGAUGAAUAUGACUUCGUCAUCUGUGGAGGUGGAACGGCUGGGCUUGUCCUGGCCAAUCGACUGACCGAGUCCGGGAACCAAAGAGUCCUGGUUCUGGAAGCCGGUCAAGAACCGACCAUUGUGGCUGCAUAUGCGACGCCCGGAGGCAACCAAUUUCUAAAAGGCAAGUUCAAGACCUCCUUGGGAGCCGAGCUGACCGUGGCUAAUCGGAGCACAAUCGACUGGAACUUUGUCACUGUCCCCCAGACCGGCCUGGAAGGCCGACAGCUGCAGUAUCUACGUGGUAAGGCCGGGGGCGGAUCUAGCUCCACCAAUGGCCUGUACUACGCUCGUGGAAGUGCCAGCGUGUACGAUGACUGGGUUGCUCUAGGUAACCCGGGGUGGGGAUGGGACGAUGUGUAUCCGCUCUUCAUCAAGAGCACUCACCUCAACGAGCCGGAGAAUGCCGAAUAUGCCCAGAUCAACGGGUUUGACCAGACAUUCCAAACCUAUGACGCCAGUGCCUAUGGUGACGGGCCUCUCCAGCUAAGCUACCAAGGAUAUGUUCCUGACUCAAAUGUUGGCUUCAUGCGUGCACUGGAAGGGGUCAACGUUCCGGUCGUGAACGAGCUCAAUGCUGGCAAUGCCACGGGUGUCAAGCAGGGCUUGGGUACGCUGGACAGCACACUGCGCCGCAGCGGCAGCUUCGACAGCUUCUACAGGCAAGCCGAGAACCGCUCCAACUUGGAUGUCCUCUUCAAUGCACCUGUAUCAGAACUGGUCUUGGAUACGGAAGGUGACACACCGACCGCGACUGGUGUAGUCUUCGUGGACCAGAAUACCGGGUUGAUCCACCAGGUCAGCGCUUCGAAAGAAGUUAUCCUGAGUAUGGGUGCUUUCCACUCCCCUCAAAUGUUGAUGCUGUCGGGUAUCGGUCCUCAGUCAGAAUUGGAGGCUUUUGGCAUCACACCUUUGGUCGUCAACGAGAACGUGGGACGCAACGUAUUCAGUAUCAUGGCCACUGCUCGGCCCGAGUCUUCCACGACCGAGAUGUCUGCAAGCGUGGAGAAUCUGCAGACCGCCCAGACUCAAUUCUACUCCAACCUUUCUGGACCAUACACAGCCCCUUCAGGUAUCACCAAUGGCUUCAAGAAAUUCUCCGAGGCCGAGAUCGAGGCGCUUAAUCUGACGGAGAUCAUCACCCGCAACCUCGCCAACCAGAACCAUAUCGAGUACCUCUACGAGAGCGUGUGGUAUCCUUGGAUCCCGACGCCGUUCUAUGCGCCCCAAGAUGGUGAAUCCUAUAUUUCCCUCACCGCGAGUUCAAUGGUGCAGCUGUCCCGAGGGAAUGUCAGCCUGAGGUCCAGCUCCAUGUCCGACCCACCAGUGAUCAACCCAAACUACUACACCGACGACACCGGAACAGACCGCGCGGUCGCCAUCGAGUCAUUCCGGGACCUACGCCGCAUCCUGGCCCACCCGGAGCUGUCGCAGUACACCAUCGGGCCCAACAAUGGGGAGGUGAGCCCAGGCGUCGAGAACGUUUCCGACGACGACGAGGACGCCAUCUUCGAAUACGUCAAGGCCAACACGUUCCCGAACUGGCACGCGUCCGGCACCGUGCAGAUGCUGCCGCUCGAGGACGGCGGCGUUGUUGACCCGCGCCUGAGAGUUUAUGGCGUGGACUCGCUGAGGGUUAUCGACUGCAGUGUCAUGCCCAUUCUCCCUGACGUUAAUAUCCUUGCGGCUGUGUACAUGGUUGCCGAGAAGGGGGCGGAGAUGAUCAGGGAGGAUUGGGAGGAUUGA